AUGGCCGUUUUCGUGUUAACUGUUGUAGGAUUAAUGCUCGCUGCAAGUGCAGUAAACGCCGAACAAGUCAACAACUACCGCAUGUGCCCUAAUACUGAUUGUCUUGUAUAUGAUCUAUUUAUUGAUCCAUGUCCCCAAGCUGUAUACAACCAAGCAUGUCAAUGGACAGAAAACUCGAACACGUCCAUCGCAUUCAAAUAUAACCCUGACUUUGGUUCGAACAUACCAGUAACGCAACUGUACGCUGAAACAUUUUUGAUGGACUUGCCAUUUCUGGACAUUGAUACAAAUGCCUGUUUAUAUACAAACUGUCCAGUGAUGAAGAACACCGAACAGAAUUGGCUGUUCAAUUUAUUCGUACCAAAAAACUAUGGUAAAACGUAUUACGUAGUCAGGUUCGCGGUCUGGGACAAAGUUAACUUCACAACGUGCUGCUUUACAUUCGAUAUCAAGAUCGUUUAA